AUAUCGGCUUACACGUUACGCCAAACUUGUCACCAAACCUAUACGACGACGUUUCCCUUUUCCGUUUCUCUCGUGUCGGUGAAGCGUACUCACUUUGAUUAAUCUGCAUCUGGAUCAGAAUCUCAACAACAAUUCGAUCUCCAUAGGAAGCUCGAAGAAUCUGUUGAGGAUUCAGCUUACCUAACUGACAAAACUCUUUGGUCUCUGGAAGAGUUGGUAUGGGUUCAGACAAUUCCAAUUGGCAUUCGGAGUUGGAGUAUGACCAAUGGGUUGCUCUCCCAGUAGCUGGGCCACGGCCAUCAGCCCGUUAUAAGCAUGGUGCAGUCAUCGUAGAUGAAAAGCUAUACAUUGUUGGUGGAAGUCGUAAUGGGCGGCAAUUAGCUGAUGUUCAGGCACUUGAUCUGAGAAAUUUAAGUUGGUCCACGAUUAAACUAAAAACUCUGUCACAUGCCGAUAAUGUAAACAGUGGUGGAUUGUCGGACGUUUUUCCUGCUACAUCUGGUCAUAGCACGAUUAAAUGGGGAAACAAACUCUUACUCCUUGGUGGUCUCUCAAAGGAGACCUCUGAUAAUGUGACAGUGCGUUUCAUUGAUUUUGAGUCGCAAGUGACUGGGGUUAUGGAAGCCACAGGAAAAAUUCCGGUAGCUCGUGGUGGUCAAUCUGUGACAUUGGUUGGUUCAAAACUUAUAAUGUUUGGGGGAGAGGACAAACAUAGACGACUUUUAAAUGACGUUAAUGUCCUUGAUCUAGAGACAAUGAUCUGGAAUGUUGCUGAGACUACGAAGACUCCUCCAGCUCCCAGAUGUGAUCAUACGGCUGCAGUGCAUGUAGACCGCUACUUUCUAAUAUAUGGUGGGUGUUCCCAUUCAACUUUCUUCAAUGAUCUGCAUGUGUUGGAUUUGGAGACGUUAGAAUGGUCCCAACCGCAGAUUCAAGGUAAUUUGGUGUCUCCUAGAGCGGGCCAUGCUGGUGUUUCUAUUGAUGAAAAGUGGUUUAUAGUUGGUGGUGGCGAUAGUAAAAGCGGUGCUUUAGAGACACUGGUGCUGGAUAAGUCUACACUUGUUUUGUCCGUCUUGACGAGUGUAGAACGGAACGAUCCACUUGCUAGUGAGGGCCUUACUCUAUCGUCAGCACUAGUAAAUGGGGAACAGUUUUUGGUUGCUUUUGGUGGCUACAAUGGAAACUACAACAACAAGGUUUUUGUGAUGAAACCUAAACCAAAGGACUCUAAACAACCGAAGAUUUUCAAGUCAUCAGCAGCUGCAGCAGCAGCAGCUUCUGUAACUGCUGCAUAUGCUUUAGCUAAAUCUGAAAGCUUAGAUUUACCAGCCAUUGAAAAUUCAAAAGCUAAGGUGAAUCUUUCGGUUGAAAUUGGUACUAUUAAAGAAGAAAAAAAGGCUUUGGAAUCAUCCAUCGCAUGGGUCAAAGCAGAAAAGUCAACUCUGAAGGCAAAGCUUGAUGAACUUAAUGAAACUCACACCGACUUAUCAAAGGAAUUGCACUCGGUUCAAGGUCAACUAGCUGCUGAGAAAUCUAGAUGUGCUGAUCUGGAGACACAAAUUUCAGAGCUACAAACAAAGCUAUCGUCAAUGCAAUCCAUAGAGGAAAAGGUUCAAGCACUCCGCUCACAGAAAUCCGCAUUUGACAAUAAUACUUCUGUUCAAAGACAAAGUUACAGUGGAUCAUGGAGAUGGAUGGCUCCGUAGGGUACAACUUUCAAAUCAUAACCUGAGACACAAGAGCGCGAACAUUCAGUCAAACGGUCAACUUUCAUGAAGAUAAGUUUCAUGGACAUUGAGUUUAAGAGGGACAUAACAUCAUGCUUUUUAAAAUUGGUCCUUCUAUCGUGUUUCCUAUCUUGCUUAUGUGUUAUUUUGAUUGCUACAAAUUAUAAAAAAAAGUUCUUUUUGACCAGGAAAUGGUAAUACCGUAAUACCCUUCUUGUUCUGAAACUCGAGGUCUUGUUUGAUUUAUUUUUGGAUAACAUAUUAUUGUACGUGUUCAUUAAUCCUGAUAUCUUCUUUUGUUGUUUUUAUCAUUGUUGAAUUAAUAAUGGCAAUAUUUUGGUAGAAUUUGAUAUAGAGUUAAAUUCGUUUUCGCCCCUGUGAUUUGUUGAAAAUAACCAUUACAGUCCACUAGUUUAAAAAUUGCCAGAAUAGCUCAGCACUUUGACUUUUGUAACAAUUAUAGUUCACCUCCGUUAACCCCAUCCAAUUUACUGUUAAGUUUUUGGUGAAAAGACUAAAAUACCCCCAUUUAAAAUCAAUAUUUAAAAUUACGCUUUUUGUCCGUGUGGUUUGUUGAAAAUAACCAUUACAGUCCAUUAGUCUAAAUACUCCAAUUUACUGUUAAGUGCACUAGUACUGUUUUGACAAUUUUUAAACUAAUAAUGGACUGUAAUGAUUAUUUUCAACAAAUCACAGGGACGAAAACUGUAAUUAACUCUUUGAUAUAUUUAAACACUUCACUAAUAUCCUUUACAGAUAAGGACAACAUAAUUACAUAUGUAAUUACACAGUGAAACUUUCAUCUUUAUUACAGUUUCGAUCUAAUGUUCUGUUUGCUUUGUGCCACUAAAUCCUUCCUCAGAAUCUUACCAGCAACAGACUUCGGAAUUUCAUCAAUGAAAGCUACUUUCUUGAUCUUCUUGUAUGGAGCCACCUGGAUACAUUGUCAAAUAGCGUUAUGACAUGUGUCACUGCUCUUGUAGGAAGAAGAAACAAAGGUGUGUAGACUUACCUGGGCAGCAAUAAAUUGCAUGACUUGGUCCUCACUGAGCUCGGAACCUCUUGCCUUAACUAUGUAUGCCAUAGGUACCUGUCCUGCCUCUUCAUCUUCAAGUCUACAAGAUUAUAAAAAUUAAUCAUUUCACUUAAAACGUGCGUGCUUUGUUACUAGAGGUGGAAAAGUAGAUGAGUUCACGGGUUGUGUAAUAGUUCAAAAUGGGUACUUAUUGAUACGGGUUGGGUUGACCCAAAUCACUUUUUGACCA